AUGGCCUUGAACUUCAUGCACUCCAACCUGCGACCUAUCCCUGCGCAUGUCCUGCAGAAGCCUCCCUCCUCCUGCCAAUCCAAUGUGUUUGUGCGCCUGGAGCUUCUGAUAAGAGCGUGUUCCCGAGCCACCGACUCCCUCGACUGCGUUCCUGUCUGCGCCGGCCGGCGCGGAGCGCACUUGGUCGCGAGGCUCAGCGAGCUUACUGCCCACAUUGCCCGACUUGGCCUGCAGGGCUCACCUUAUCCCGGCAGUGCAAAGCUCGGCCAUGUCGGCCACCGUGACGACGGGCCCCCUUCUCUCCGGCCCUACCGAGACAGCGAUGCAAGCCGCAUCCUUAUCAAGGGUACAGGCUCUUGGGACCUUAGCCGGCACCUCCUCUUGGAUCCCGAACUUUUCUUGCGUUUUCGGGAUCCUCUUGUGCUAACGGGCAUUCCCGAGAACGACCUUCCCUACCCUGAUGCCGCUGCCACCGCAAAGGAGACCAUUUUGCCCCUUGUGCGCUUGUGGGAUCAGAAAGGGCUCCUCCGGCUCUUUCCCGGCCCGAGGCACCCGAGGCAGCUCUGCAGGACUUUUGGUGCAUACAAGUCGGACCAGCACGACAGACUUAUAGGAGACCGACGUGGGCCUAACAGUCGGGAAGGCCGGGUUAGCGUGCCGCGCUUUACUUCUGUUCUGGUCGGGGCCUCCACCGACAGGGCCGACUUUUACCACCAGGGCACUGCGGCCCUCGCCCGUCUUCUCAAGCCGCCUUUGAAGCAGAAGUGUUCCCUGCUUGCUGGGCUUCACGACAGGUCCUGCUUCUAUGCUGCCUUCGGGACCCUGUUCCAAGGCGACCACGGAGGGGUCGAGUACGCGACCUCAGCUCACCAGGCGUUGCUUUGCGAGCAUGGGCUCCUGCAUCCUAGCUCCCGCCUCCUUGGGCAACACGCCGUGCCGCGCACCUCGUGCUACGAGGCUUUGGUCAUUGACGAUUAUUUUAGCCUCUCCGUCGAGUGCCUCGAUGACUUUGCCGAGUGCUCCCCUGCAAAGGACCUGCUUCGAGCCCUCACCUACCAGGUUGCCGGCAAACGCUUCGCCCUGGCCUUCCUGUCUCUAAAAGCCUCCGCGCUGCCGGGCAUUUCUAAGGAACUUGCCGCUGCCUUCUCUGGCUCCUGGACCUUUGCUUUGCUCUUCCGGAAGCCCCUUGCAGCCUGCCUUGGCUCCUUCUUUAAACUCGGCCUUGGCCACGUCUUUUGCACUGACGCCUCACUGCAGAAAGGGGCUGUUGUCAGCGCUCGCGUCUCGCGGCCGGUUGCAGAGGCUCUGUGGGCCCAUGCCAGCCGACGGGGCCAGUACACUUUGCUGUCCGGGACCACUUCGGCCUUGGAUUCUGCCGACGCCUGCCCGAGCACUGCUCCUUUCCGGGGCCCUCCUGGCCGAGGUCCCGCGACUGAGAGCACCUUCGAGUCUCCUGUUGGGACCUGCCUAGUCGACCCCCGUGCCCGGCCUCUUGGUCUUGAUUUCGACUUCCUUGAGGUUGGGUGCUCUACUGGUGCUUCCGCUGCUGCGAGAGAUUUAGGAUUUAAGGCUGCUGAUGACCCUCAGGUCCUUGAUCUUCUUCUUCAUCUUAUCGCAAACAGCCGCCUUCGCUCACUCCUCUGCUGUGUCCCUCCUGGGGCUUUCCCCUGGAUCUCCCACCGGGAUCGGUCGCUUGGGAAACAAGCAGAUACGUCGGGAAAGAAGGAACGCCUCGCCCUCCGUGCCCUUGUCCUGUUCAGGACCUGUGCUUUCUACGGUGUGCCCUGCAUCUGGUCCACCAGCGCAAGUCCGGGAUAUGCAAGCACCCCUCCUUUCUUCGAUGCCUCGAGCUGCAGACUGCAACCUCUGGGAGCUAUCGUGGUUGCGUUGUCGGUGGGCCCGGAACCUCUGACCUUGGCUGGGUUGCUGUUUGGACUCCCACCCCCGGCCUUGAUCGCAAGUGCACCUGCAAGUUCCACGCAAAAGGGCAUGAUCGUUCCGCGUUCCCUUCUUUCUCUUCCGAAGCCUCCCGAGGAGCCCGCCUGUGGGCUUGAAAGUGCCUUGGUUAACGAUGUGCUUUUGACUUCCAGGUGGCGGGCCGACAGGACCUGGCGGUGGCGGCAGCGGCGGCAUAUAAACGUGCUUGAGUCUGAAGCCGCUCUGCAGCUUUACAAGGACCUCGUUGUCUUCGGAGGCGACCUGCGUUUUAGCCUCCUCACCGAUUCCAGUGUUGUCCUCGGCUCCCACAGAAAGGGCCGGUCCACUGCGUUUCCCCUCGCGCCCUCGCUGCGCCGGGCUUCUGCGAUCCUUCUCGCCGGGGGCUUGUAUCCCUCCUUGCAGCUCGCCCCUACCAGGUUGAACCCGGCCGACGACCCGACACGUGACAAGCAUUGCCGCGAAGCGUGCGGGAUCCCUCUGCAUGAGACGCCACCUGUCGAGAGCCCGCGCCAGUUGGGUAAGGCUGUUCCUUCUGGUUGGUUCUCCUCGGCCGUCCUCUUCUGCAUCACGCCUGCGGGCUGGAAUUUUUCGAGACUCCCGCUUUCACUGCAGGUGUCUCUCUACUCAGGUUCGCCGCCUUCUCGACUUCGACUCCACCCUCGGCUUCCCAGGCUCCCAGGAACGCCGCCGACCUUCUGCGCCAACGCGGCCGUGCUCCUGGCCUCCUUCCCUCUGGUGCUUGGCGCUACCCUGGAACAGCUGCUGCAGAGGAGGCCUUUUGACCACGAAGUUUUCUGCGAAUACCUUGUUGCCUUUGGCAAUGACCUCUACGGAGCCUGGGACCUUGCUUACACGUGGUUGGCAGAGGAGGCCGGGGUCUUCGCGCUCUGCUGGGGAGCGCUUCUUCGUGCUGGCGAAGCUGUAAAGGCUACAAGGAGCCGAAGACUCGUGGCCGAGCUGCCCGUCACAAAGCGCGAAGCUUUGGCCGAUGACUCCGCAGACUCUGCGCCGCCGCCUUUACGAUGUCUUGACGCGGCUUGGGAUGCCAAGGUCUGGUGGGAGCGAGCGCCCUCUAGCCGCUGGAUAUCUCACCGUGUCAUGGAGAUCUACCUGCAGGAGGUCAGUGCGUCUACUUUUCUGGCAGACUUGGCGCCGGCCGCUCGCGAGCUCGUUCUUGCGGCGUCCUCGGCUUUUCCCGACCUUUUGCGAAAGGCACGCGAUUGGAAGAAUGUGCAGCAGACGGAAACAAGUUGGGCAGCGAUGCGCUACGAAACGUGUGGAUUCCUCAAUACUUACAACAGGUUCGAUAGCAUCUACACAGCCUGUGUUCACGAUGUCGCCAUUGGAAACGUGGACCUUUGUGUUUCCGAUAUGUGGGUUCUGCCAGAUCGCGCGCUUCUGGUUCAGUUUCUGCCGGCCUUGAGACAUGACCACUUUUACCUGGUGGUUCGCAAGAUGGCAAGACAGGUUAGCCUGUACGAUCGGCUUACAACGCCUUUCUCCCCGUUUACGCUACGGGGGUGGAUGACCGUGCUUGCCUACCUCACCUCUGUGUCCACGGUUCUUUGGCUUGCCCUCCUUUGCAAGAUGCAAGGACAGUACGACGAGUUCUUGGACGAGAAGGUGGAGUGGGCAAACUUGGACAUGGAAGAUGCGUUUGCGAAACUGGAGGAUGCAAGGGACGAGUUGGAAAAGGCACGACUGGAGCCACGAAACGCCGAAGCCGUCGCCAAAGCGGAAAGCACGGUAAAACAGGCAGCUUUGGAUCAUGCCAAGAAGCAAAGACACGAAGAAGAGCUGGAAGCUGGGUUGAAGGCUAAUAAAAAGUUGAAGUUGCUUCAGUGGUCUAACCUUUGUCAAUGCGCAAGCGUGCGGCAGAAUUUGCAGCUGCUUGCGAGUACCUGGUACGAUGUCUGGGCGCAUUUUCUCGGACAAGAUAUGAUCUAUGAAGGCGACAAGGUACCCGGAGCCUUCAAGAUGUUUAGCCUAGCCUUUGCUUUCUUCAGCAUUGUUACGCUGGCAACCUACACAGCGAGUCUCGCAAGCAUGCUUGUUGCAGAGAGAGAGCUGGUUGGCGAAAUCAGCAGCAUAGAGGAUGCCAUUGCAAGACAGUACACGCUCUGUGUGCCUGAUGUGCUGCGCAAGUCUGUCGAAAACACAUAUGGGGAGUUGAAGAUCUUUGCAUGCAGAGAGAUUCAGCUAUGCCCCCGCGAGAUGCAGCUAGGGAACUGUCAAGCGAUGAUUGUGUCGGAGGAGGUCAUAUCAAGAAUGCACGCAGGCCGGAUCUUAGAGGCUGACUGCAAAGAGAACAAGACCUUGUGUGAGGACUCUGAGGGGAAUCCUCGCAAUGACUGUGGCCUCAUCGCAGUUGGAUAUGUUCUCACAAGUGUGCCAAUUGCAUUCCCGGCCAGCAGCAGGCUCGUGAAGAGCUUGUCAUGGGCAUCUGCCUCCCAGCAUGCGAAGGGGACGAUGCAGAGCGAGAUGCGAGCUCACUCUCACGAGUUUCCGAAGUCAAUCUGCGACGCGCCGACACAGCAAAGAACUCUGGCUCUUGGUGCCGAGGACCUCAGUGGCAUCGUCAUCAUAUCUGGCUUCUUUUCUGGAUUGGCACUUCUGCGCUUUCUUUGUACACAGUACUACGUCCACAAGGAGAAGCAGAAGAGCAGAGAGAAGAUUCGGCAGGACAGGGAAUACAGAAGGGAAACUCUCGAAAUGGGCCUUACCACCGUCAAGUUCAAGCAGGACAUCAUUGACCUCUUCACUUCGAAGAAGUAUGCAACCAGAGCUGCGUUGGACAUAGGUGCUGGAAGGGGCUCGACAACUGCUGCGUUGGCUGUCAACUUCGCUGUCGUUGUGGCCAUCGAGAAAUAUUGGGACCUGGCAGAUGAGAUUGGAUGCUGUCAUUUGGAGUCGAACAAGCUGCUCAGAAAGGACGGAAGUGAAAUCACCAACAUUGUGCGGCUGCAUAUGGACACUCUGCUGCCGUUUGCCUUCGCAAACCUGGUCGACCAGAAUUUCUCAGCAGUGGUUAUCGAUGCCCAGCACGAUUUUGAAAGUAUCGCACGCGAGACUUUCCAUGUCUUGCGCGACAUCCCGUGCUGUGUAGAAACCAUCAUAUAUCACGAUUAUUGCUUCGAAGACGUGUUCCAGACAAUUCUGUGGUUCGAGCUGUCAGGCCUGCUCACCUUUCAGAAGUUCAUGGGGGAGCCCUCGAAGUCCCCCUUCUGCAAAAGCGCCGGGGAGAAUCUCGAAAGAGCUGAAGGGGUGGCCAUGAAGGUGAAUCGAAGGCCUCUGAAGGACUUCCACGAAAAGGUGGAGGAAGCAUUUCGAGGCUCCUUCGCGCGCGGCGGGACCCUGGAGAAGAGGCUAAAUGGAACACAGUGGCUCCUCUUUUCGCCGCAUUCGUCGAUCGGCAUUCUGACCAUGCAUUCCUGGCCACAGCUUUCGCAUCUCAGCUUCCUCCGGAGGCCUCAGCUGGCUUUCAAGCACUUUCCUCGUCCUGGCGGCACGAAGCUCUUCUUUCAGACCUACCCAGAGUGGGAUACUUCUCACAGGCCAUCUCUCGUCGUCUACUCCCUGCAAAAGGAUCCCUCUUGCCUUCUGCAGAUCCAACCCGGGCGCUACGGGGAAGCUCUCGGGUCCCCGACCUGCCCGUCGAGCGCUUCCUGGACGCAGCAGCUCUUCGUUGAGCCGCGGCCAGUGUAUCCCCGUAGUGGGGGCCAUUUGACAGACGCAGCGCUGAGAGGCAGCUUCGCCUUGAUGUCUUUUACCCAAAAGCCCCGGCUCACUCCUGGUCCUACCAUCUCCGCCCUCAUCUACGGUCUGGAAGACUCCGGGUGGCAGUUGAGUGCCAACCUCACAGCUCUGGCACCCCAAAGCACUACCAUGGACUGGGCGCAGGCUGGGCUCAGUGCUGCGAACAUCGUUAUCUUGUACCAAGUGCAGCCGUCUCCGUUGGAUGUCUACAGCUUUGCCUACGACGGGAUGUCCUGGGCUUUCGUGAAUCUAGAGACCUUCCCUGAGGGCCAAAACUGCGAAGGUACGUUUGGUGGAUGCCUAAAGCUUGGGGGAAAUCUUAUGGUAUUCAGACCACUGGCCGUCUCCGCGGCGGACAGCUUUUUUCAAACCUUCCAGUGGCAGGGGACGAGCUGGUCCCUGAUACCGACUGCCAACCUCACGAGCCCAGAGACCACCCUGUCACCAAGCUUUGCGGUCGAUGGGCAGCAUCUCGUCUUGUUCACUGCCACCCUCGCUUCCGGCCCUGUUCGGACCAUUCCCGUUCUUUCUGUGUACGAAUGGGCAGGCAACUUCUGGAGUGGGCCGGUAGCCAACAUCACUAACUUCACUUCGAUCGCUUCUCAGCUGAUUCAGCUACCCGUCGGAGUCGCUGUGGAUGGCAGUUACAUGCUGGCGGUCCUGAAAGAGCAAUCACCGUCGCGGAACUAUAUGUUCAUUUACGAACAAAGUGGCGGCUCGUGGGAAGAGGUCUACCGUCAGGAGAUUGGGGAAACAAGUCCGUCAAACUUUGUCGACGCUGCGGACAUUUCCAGCGCUGGCAAAGCAAUAGUGACAGAAGUUUCGGGCCGUGUGCGACGGGCCUUUCUCUUCGAGAGGGGCGCCGAUGGUAUUUGGGGACCAACCCAAACAUUGGUCCUCACCUCUCGCUCCGUAGACGACGGCGCUGUGGGCAUCGGUGACACGGCCGCGGUAAUGACCUAUUUCGAGGCAGACGAAGUGGCACCGUCCUUGGUUAACAUAACCGCCACGGGCAAGAUCAUUGGUUGCAACUCAACUGCACCGACAACUCCGACGCCUUCGUACAGGUACUCGUACUACCGGCGUUUUCGUACGCGCUUCCGACAUGCAGGCUGCCCAAAGUGGUGUCCUGCAAUCCGUUGGUGGCAUUGGCGGUGCAGGCGCUGCAAGGAGCUGUAA